AUGGAACAAACCUUUACUAUUGAGUGUCCUCCCUUUGAGGUUAAGAUCUCUCACUGGGACAGGAUACUGCCUCCGACACACUCGAAGCGCAUCCUCUGCUUUUCCCUCCCCGUCAACACCGACAGAGAGCAGCUGACCGACUACCUCCACAUCGCCUUCCACCACACCGUCCAGCGCUUCCCCGUGCUGGCAGGUUCUGUUGUUCCAUUCUCGGCAGACCAAGGAGGACGGCCCUGGCUUCGCAACAUCGUCCCCGAAGGCGCCGCCCGCCUCAUCGUCAAGGACCUGUCGGAUGAGCUCAGCUUUGCCGACCUGGCCGAGGCCAACUUCUCGCAACAUCUCCUGAACACCGAGCAGCUCUGUCCCCUCCCGGAGGUCGGAUACUUUGCCGCGGAGCGGGUCGACGUCUGCCGCUUCCAGGCAAACUUCAUCCGAGGGGGCCUGCUCCUUGUCGUUUCCAUCAUCCACAAUGCUGCCGACGGCCGCGGGGUGACCGAGAUCAUCAAGAUCUUCGCCGAAGAGCUCUGCAAGGCUCAGUCCGGCGAGACCGGUCAUCCUCUUCAGCAGAGAACCGAGGUGUACCGCUCUGACCGGACAGCCUUCGUGUCGGGCCAGGGGAUUCCCGGCGCCAUCGAACGCCACGCCGCGUGGACAUCUUCGCCGUCCAACGCCCAUGCACAGAUUCACAAUGUAGAGAAUUCCUGCCACACCUUCCGCAUCAGCGCCACGGCCCUUUCCCAGCUCAAAAACACGCUCUCCGCCACCUCCCAGGGCCCAGAAGAUUGGUUUUCCACCAACGACGCCAUAUCCGCCUUCAUCUGGCGCAGCAUCAUGGUCGCACGGCAUCGCGCGGGCAUCCUCGAUGCGGACGCAACCACCUACGUUGCGCAGCCCGUGGACUGCCGCCGGCACCUCAACAUCACCGAACCCUACUUUGGUAACGUCAUCUACAUGACCAAGUCAUCAGUUGCGCUGUCUGUGCUUGCGGAUCCAGAGACCGGCCUUGCCGAAGCGGCUCGGGCCCUGCGCACCGAGCUCAGGGGCCUGACAGGCGACAAAUUCCGGGAUCUGGUCGGGUACGCAGAGCGGACGGCGCUCGAAGCCCACACGCGGCUUAACAUUCUCGAGUCCAUGGCGACAUCGGGGAUUAUCCUGACCAGUCUUUUUAAGAUGGACCUGCACGCCAUGAACUUUGGGCCGAUCUUUGACGAUGGACAUAUCAAGGCGCUGCGCCUCCCGGCGAGGGGCACUCAGGCAGGGGCUGUCAUCGUGCUGCCCCGGGUGCCGGAUGGGAGCUGCGAGUUCAUGGUGACGGAGCAGGAGAGUACAAUCGAGUGUCUGCGGGCCGAUCCGUUCUUUGCACGGUUCACGGCAGAUAAGCCUGCCGUUACUGACGUCCAGGAGAAAGAGCCAGCGAAGGUCGAACCGGUUGCGCAUGAGCAGCCCCUUGUCGCUCAGCAUGACAGCACGCCGAUUCCCACUGACCUCUCAAACAAAGAUAUCCCCCCUGCAACUGAGCUACCCAGUGACGGACCCAAUGGUUUACACCCUCCGGCGUCGCUCGAUGUGGCAACACAGGGGCUCAGCGACCUCCGCCUCAUCCCCUCCAACGCAAAAACCCUCUCUACACUAACGGUAACCCGCAUCCUCGCACCACAUGCCGGUACCAUCAAAAUCCUCCAGCUGCACCGUCCGGACGCCAAAAACGCCAUCUCCUGGCAAAUGCUCCGCGAGCUUAGCAGCGAAAUCGAAGAGAUUCACCACGAAUAUCACGCGAACAAGACGCGCGCCCUGAUCAUCGCCAGCGCGGUCGACGGUAUCUUCUGCGCUGGAGCUGACCUCAAAGAGAGGAAGCAAAUGACACCAGCCGAAACGAAGUCCUUCUUGACCAGCCUGCGCGCUGUGUUCUCGCGGCUCGCAGCGCUGCCUGUCCCCUCGAUCGCGUGUGUCUCGGGCAAGGCGCUGGGCGGGGGGCUUGAGCUGGCGCUGUGCUGCCACCUGCGUGUCUUUGCAGCUGAUGCCGUUGUUGCGUUGCCCGAGACCAGGCUGGCGAUUAUCCCCGGUGCGGGGGGGACGUACCGGUUGCCCAAUAUUGUUGGUGUCUCCAAUGCUCUGGACUUGGUUUUAACGGGGAGGUCGGUGCCAGCGAAGGAGGCUGCUGCCAUGGGACUGUGUAAUCGGCUUGUGGGGAUUGAGGGUAAUGAAGAGGCGCAGAAGGGUCUGGCCUUGGAGGCUGGACUUCAGUUGGCAGAGAAUAUAUGCAAUGCUGGGCCGUUGGCGGUGCGAGCGGCUAUCAGCGCGUUGACAUAUAGCUGCGAGGCGGUUGAGAAUGCGGCGUACGACUCCGUUCUCAUGACCAAGGAUCGUAAUGCAGCUUUGGAGGCAUUUAGCGAGAAGCGGAAGCCCAUUCUGAUCGGGGAGUAG